CCCCACCCACUUGACGCCUGAGGCGACCUGGGCGGGGGGCACCGGGCCACGCCCCCAGCAGAGUCGAGCGGGGCCGAGCGGAGCCGAGCGCCUCCGAGGACCGCCGAGCCGAGCCGAGCCGAGUGGCCCGGAGUCGGUUGGUGCAGCUGCGUCCCCGCCGCUCAGCAGUCCGCGGCUCCGGCGUCGCCGCCGCCGCCUCCGCGGGGCCUGCGGCGGCCGCCCGCCCGCCUGCCGGGAGGGAGGGAGGCCCGCAGCGCCGGGAGUGCGGCCCGGCCGCUGGCGCCGCCGCCGCCGCUGCCAGGAUAAUUUCAGGAGUGGGAUGAUGAACAACUCUGAAGCUACAUCAAGGAACUUGAAAAUAGUAGCUUUAGGAGGGGAACUGAAUUGUACCUGCUGAAGCAACAAGUGACCCUUUAAAGAUGCAUAUGGGACUGCAUAAAGUGAAGGAACUGGAAAAACAAUGAAGUAAGGGAAAAGUAUGCUUUUCAGGUUUAAUAGGGGAAACCUACUUUCUGCAAGUAACCGAAAAGGCUGCCCUUAGAAGGUGUUUCUUGGGCCCUCAUGGAGUAGCUGGAACUUUUACUGUCACGUACUUGGCCUCUUGAUCACCCAGAGUGAUUGUAGCCAUGGCCAGCAAGAGGAAAUCCACCACCCCAUGCAUGAUCCCAGUGAAGACUGUGGUGCUGCAGGAAGCCAGUGUGGAGGCCCAGCCAGCAGAGGCCUUGCCUGAAGUACCCCAGCAGGAUCUGCCCUCAGAAGCACCUGCUACCAGCAGUGAGGCAGCCCAGAACUCCAGCAGUACUGAUGGCUCUUCACUGGCCAAUGGGCAUCGGAACACUUUGGAUGGCUAUUUAUAUUCCUGUAAAGACUGUGAUUUCAGAUCCCAGGACAUGACCCAAUUUGUGGGACAUAUGAACUCAGAGCACACAGACUUUAAUAAAGAUCCAACUUUUAUAUGCCCUGGGUGCAGUUUCCUGGCAAAAACCCCUGAGGGGCUUUCCCUGCACAAUGCAAAGUGUCAUUCAGGGGAAGCCAACUUUGUGUGGAAUGUGGCCAAGCCAGACAAUCAUGUAGUCGUGGAGCAGAGUAUCCCCGAGAGCAGCAGCACUCCUGACCCAGCAGGGGAGCCCAGCGCCGAGGGGACUGACGGACAGGCUGAAAUCAUCAUUACCAAGACUCCAAUCAUGAAGAUAAUGAAAGGUAAAGCUGAAGCCAAAAAAAUCCAUACGCUCAAGGAGAAUGUCCCCAGCCAGCCUGUGGGUGAGGCCUUGCCAAAGCCAUCAGCUGGGGAGGCAGAGGUGAAAGAGGGGGACCACGCCUUCGUUAAUGGGGCAGCUCCAGUCAGCCAGGCAUCUGCCAGCUCUACAAAGCCCCCCCAUGCCACCAAUGGGCCCCUGAUAGGAACGGUGCCAGUUCUGCCAGCUGGCAUAGCACAGUUUCUGUCCCUCCAGCAGCAGGCCCCGGUGCAUACCCAGCACCACGCCCACCAGCCCCUGCCCACAUCCAAGGCCCUUCCCAAAGUGAUGAUCCCCCUUAGCAGUAUCCCAACGUACAAUGCGGCUAUGGACUCCAACAGCUUCCUGAAAAACUCCUUUCACAAGUUCCCCUACCCAACCAAGGCCGAGCUCUGCUAUCUGACUGUGGUGACCAAGUAUCCAGAAGAACAGCUCAAGAUCUGGUUCACAGCCCAGAGGCUGAAGCAAGGCAUCAGCUGGUCCCCUGAGGAGAUUGAGGAUGCCCGUAAAAAGAUGUUCAAUACAGUCAUCCAGUCUGUGCCUCAGCCCACGAUCACAGUUCUGAACACCCCCCUGGUCGCCAGUGCGGGCAAUGUCCAGCAUCUCAUCCAGGCUGCUCUCCCAGGCCACGUCGUAGGACAGCCAGAGGGCACGGCGGGAGGACUCCUGGUCACUCAGCCACUGAUGGCCAAUGGGUUGCAAGCACCAACCUCGUCUCUCCCGCUGGCUGUCACAUCUGUUCCCAAGCAGCCAACAGCGGCACCCAUUAACACUGUGUGUUCAAAUACAACAUCGGCGGUGAAGGUGGUCAACGCGGCCCAGUCGCUCCUCACAGCUUGCCCCAGCAUAACUUCCCAAGCCUUCCUUGACGCUAGCAUCUACAAAAAUAAGAAGUCCCACGAACAGCUGUCAGCUCUGAAAGGGAGCUUCUGUCGGAACCAGUUCCCAGGGCAGAGCGAAGUCGAGCAUCUGACCAAAGUCACCGGCCUCAGCACUAGGGAGGUGCGGAAGUGGUUCAGUGAUCGGAGGUACCAUUGCCGGAACCUGAAAGGCUCCAGAGCCAUGAUGCCUGGGGAUCACAGCUCCAUUCUCAUGGACUCUGUGCCCGAGGUGCCCUUCUCCCCAUCAUCCAAGACCCCCGAGGUAACCUGCAUCCCGACAGUGGCCUCAUUAGCAAGCCACCCUGCCGCCAAACGGCAAUCCUGGCACCAGACUCCUGACUUCACACCCACCAAAUACAAGGAGAGAGCCCCAGAGCAGCUCCGAGCCCUGGAGAGCAGCUUCGCACAAAACCCGCUCCCUCUCGAUGAGGAACUGGACCGCCUGAGAGGUGAAACCAAGAUGACCCGGAGAGAAAUUGAUAGCUGGUUUUCAGAGAGACGGAAAAAAGUGAAUGCUGAGGAGACCAAGAAAGCCGAUGGGAUGGCCUGUCUGGAGGAAGAGGAGGCUGCCGACGAAGAGGGUAGAGAGGGGGAGGCAGCCAGCGAACUGAGACUUGCUGGUGAAAAUGGCUCCCCAGAAAUGCCCACAGGCCAACUAUCAGCAGAGCGCAAAGUCAGCCCCAUCAAAAUCAACCUCAAGAACCUGAGGGUCACUGAAGCCAGUGGCAAGAGUGAGCUUCCAGGGCUCCUUGCCUGUGAGCAGGAGGAGGAUGGUUUGAGCAAGCUGGCAGAGCAACCCUCUGGCAAGGUGAGCUACAAAAAGACGGCUCAGCAGCGGCACUUGCUGCGGCAGCUCUUUGUCCAGACACAGUGGCCAAGCAACCAGGACUAUGACUCCAUCAUGGCCCAGACGGGGCUGCCGCGGCCAGAGGUGGUGCGCUGGUUUGGAGACAGCAGGUAUGCGCUCAAGAACGGCCAGCUCAAGUGGUACGAGGACUAUAAGCGGGGCAACUUCCCACCGGGGCUGCUGGUCAUCACCCCUGGAAACCGGGAGCUGCUGCAGGACUAUUACCUGACACACAAGAUGCUGUAUGAGGAGGACCUGCAGAACCUCUGUGACAAGACCCAGAUGAGCUCCCAGCAGGUCAAGCAGUGGUUUGCUGAGAAAAUGGGUGAGGAGACACGGGCCGUGGCAGAUACAGGUGGUGAGGACCAGGGACCUGGCACUGGUGAGCCUGCAGCAAUUCACAAAGGGCUGGGUGACUCCUACUCGGAGGCGUCUGAGAACAGUGAGUCGUGGGAGCCCAGUGCACCUGAGGCCAGCUCAGAACCCUUUGGCACAUCGAGUCCCCAGGCUGGACUUCAGCUAGAAACAGACUGAAUUUGAUCCGAUUAUUCUGAAGGACGGGCCCAUCUGGGAUGCUGCCUACCACGUGGAACAGCCGAACCUGCCUCUCUGCUGCCACAUGUCAUUCCCAUGGCCAGCCGCUAGGCACCCAGGAGAGCCUGCAGAGGCCUUGCAGAUAGGCCAGAGCCUGCCGUCACCAAGCAAGUGUCAAGAAAGGGUCUGCCAGUCCUUCCUCCCACAAUGUAGGACCUUCCCUUGGCCUCCCAGGGAUGAAGCAGUUCAGACUUCAUAUUCGUAGACAGAAUCAAGUUUUAACAAACAUUGCCUCUCUACAUUUAAUAAAAUACCAGAUUCCAACACUUUCAUCAUAUAGACACUUCGGUUGGCCAAGUGGGCCAUGGUUCCCAUCAUCUCUGAACGUGCCGUUUGUCUGUUCUCUGGGAACACUGGAGCCGCAGGUGCCCUCACCCUCCGUGGCAGGCAGGGGUCGGAGAUGCUCAGGACUGUGUCCGAGCCCCGCCGUCUGCUUUCCUCGCGGAAGUGGUCCCACUGCAGGGAGCUCCCCUCGUGGAGCCAGGCUUGCUUUGUGGGCCGAUUGGUGCAGAGCCCGCUGUUACCCUCAGUUCACAAUACCGCUCGGCUCUGAGAGCCACGUUGGACCUUGCCACUCUCUUCAGUUGUUACCUUAAUUUGGCUUUUCUUUUCUUUUUUUUUUUUUUUUGUGGGAGUUUGAAUCAAGGACCAUAACUUUUCAGUUAUCAGAUCAACUAAAGAAACAUUUGUUGUUAAGCCUAACAUACAGACCGAUGCAUUCGCCUUUCCCCCCCCCUUUCUUUAAUGUAGAAAUGUAGACGCCUUAAAAGUGAGAGGAAAAUGAGAAAAGGAAAUGGGAGGGUGGGUGAAGAAAGGUAUGGCUACAGCCUGCAGCUCUGGCCACUGCAGUGUUCAGAGCCCUGUCCCCCUACUCACUUCAGAGCCUCCUGCUGGGGAGAGGGCACACCGUCCCAGUAGAGUAAGAGGGAGGGAGCGCAGACGGGCUCGGGACUGCAGGGGAUUAUCAGAGCUGGAGUGGACUUGAGCACUGAGACUUGUGGGCGGAGAUCCUGGCAAAACAUCUGGAACGCCACAACCACACACCAAGGGCCUGGCCAGCAUGCUGGGCAGAUACCCCAGAGGUGCUGGACGUCACUGGACAGGUCCUUGUGAGGGAGUCUCUGAAGUUCUGUAUUUAUGUCCCCAAACUUGGAAAUAAGAAUACUUAUAUACUUUAGUCUAACCCUCAUGUCCUCUUUUGAAUUGAGAAAAUCACAGGUAAAGAUGCCUUUGAAACAAUAGAAAACUUACAGAGCUGUACUAAGUGGUAAAGCCCUGAUUUCCUCAAGACUGGCCACUCUAGCAAAGGAGGUGGGCGAGGUGUCCCCUGUGGCCUUGCUCACCUAUUAGAAGUGAACCAAAGAAAUAGGUUCCUGAAGUGCCAGGCCCUGCCCAAGCCGCGGAGGCGCGCUCCUGCUGCGCUUGACUGUGUGGAGCUCCAGGAGACCCAGGGCGGGGAUGGUCUUUGGGCAGGAAGCACUGGUUACCUUCUAGACACCCAGGGAAGGGGAGCAGGCAGGCCACGUGCUGGCUGGCCUGUGGGGAUGAGCAUGGUGCCAGCACUUUCUGCUUUCCAGGAGAGGGCUUUCCUGGGAAGCCCAAAGCCCGUGAACCAUUGUUCUUCUACACAGUGUUUUCUUUAGCCCUCUCUGGCCCAAUAGGGACCACCUCUUAUUUGUCUCAAACUGGGGACUUGUGAAUACUUGGCAAGUUUUGCAGCCUAUUUUUGUAUCCUUUCCUUUUGGGGAGUGAAGCUAUUAGUCUCAAAAGCCUUUGAGGAAUUGCCAAGAAUGGCAAGUGAUUGCCUUCCUUCAGAGAACAGACAACUUGGAAUCUUUCCUUUAGUAUUUAUGUACAUGCAGAUUAAUUUAUAUAUCCACAUAUACAGUACAAAUAUUCACUUGAUAUCUUGUAAAAUGAACAUGUGAUGUGUACACUUGAGUUUCACGGCAUGUGGGUGUUGGGAAGCAGCCUGUGUGUGGGCAGGGGACUGCUGUGCGCUGGUGGCAGGGGCAGCCCGGCACGAAGCCAUCUCCAAGUGUCUGAGAAACCACUCCGUGCCUCAGCCCGUGCCUGCUGGCCUCACCUCUAGAGCCCGUGUGCACCAGCUGAACAUAGUGUCUGCAGAGAGGAUCCUCUUGGUUAUUUAUAUUGACACUACAACCCAAACAGCAAAACAAAAAAAGCGUUACAUGCUGGACAAGUUUGUGCAGGACACAGCACCCCAGCCUCAGACACCAGCCCGUCUUUUAGGUGGAGCUGUAACCGUGAAGCCAGCCCUGGCAUGUCUGUCUCACAGAUGUUGGCCCUUCCCAACAGCCAAGGCCACACCACAAACAGCAAGACUGACCACGUGAGGAGCUCCAUCCACAGCGGGACAGACCCUGCUUCUUCCUGUGCUCUUGGAUGGAGUGAGAAAGUGGGAUCUGGACCUUCUGUCUUGAAAGAGUAUGAUGAUCAAACAUGACACUGAGAGGUGGUCAUCAAGAAGGUGCUUUAAAGGGACACCAUUAUAGGGACCCAGGGCUUUGGGUGCCUAGCUGUGAAUACAGCGUGGCAAGCACAGACACAUCCAGAGUCCAGAGUCGCACUGACGAUGGCAGUGGGUUUGUAGGGUGGUGGUAGCCAGGCCGUCAGCUGGUUCUGCACACUGCUGAAGGGUGGAAUUCUUUGCUGUCCCUGUCAGAAGACUGGCUGUGGACUGCAGAGGUGAGAGGGGGACGGGGCUGUUCACCUCUCCUGAAGAAAAGCCGAUGUUACCAGGUGACAAGUUCCCCCCCUCCUCUCAGCACUUGGGCUUGUCAGAAGUGUGAGUUGUCUUUCAGUAUUUCUCUUGCCGGUGUCUUAUGCCUGUUUGGUUUAUUGUUUUUCACUUGAGGUUGUAAAUUUGGUUCUACCAGGUGAAACCAGAUCACAGUUCUGAUAAAGGAAAUUUGAAUUUGA